AAACAAUUGCGCUAGACCAGCCUGCACCUAUUUGCUUUUCCCUGUAACCAGAGCCUGGCAGUGGCAGCCAGCCUGCUCCCAUGCCUUCCUGACUCCCGGUGAGCCCUGGAGUGGUGACAGCACGUCUGCAUGGAGCUGUGCAGCCCCAGCCCGGGGCUGGAUGGAAGGAGAACAGGGCCAGCAGCACAGCAGGAAGGAAACUGCUCACACUGGGGAAAAUCGCUAGGCAGCACAGCGGUCUCGCAAGGAAAUCACCCUACCCGUGCUACCGAGCACUCGAAAAUACUGGUUGGAAUUGAAAACGUGCCUGGGGGAACACCCACAGCAUGACCCACGUGGGGCGGAGCGGGCAGCCGGGAAUGCUGCCCCACUGCCCCGGCUGCUGGGGCAAGGGACGCGCUGGGAGGGGAGCGCUGCCAGCUGCGGUGCGAUACGGCACCGGGUGCUGAUGGGAGCCAAAGGCGGUGACGUGCCUCCAUGGCUUCGCUGGACGCGGCGGUAGGUGCACCUGCCCGAGGAUGGAGCCGGGAAGCUCCUGACGCCGCUGAGAUGCUGGCCCCAAGGCCACCUGGCCGGGCGUCCUGCUCCAGAACGCUCCUGGGUGAAGCUUGAGUCGCUGCUGCGAGGGAGAAGGAAAAUCUGCGUCCCUGCGGUCAGAGCCAGAGCAUCUUGCCGACAUGGCAAGCAUCCACACAGAAGAGCCACCUGCUGAGGACACAGCUGACAGUGAUGCGCACAUCUACGAGGAGGUGAUGCUCUGUGAGAGGAUGGAGCACAGCCAGCGGCUGGCUGUGGAGGAGCUCAUCACCACUGAGGCCAGCUAUGUGCACAACCUCCAGCUGUGCCUGUCUGACAUCCGGGCGCACCUCCAGAAGAAACAGCUGCCUGGUCUUGACCUGGAAGGACUCUUCUCUAACAUUGAUGACAUCCUCCAUGUCUCCAGACGGUUCCUGAGGGCACUUCAGGACACUGCUACUCAGGAGCAUGAGCAGCUGCUCAGCAUCAGCACCCUGUUCCAGGAGUUCAAAGAGGAGAUGGAGAUGGUCUACAAGAUCUACUGUGCCAGCUAUGAGCACGCCCUCCUGCUGGUGGAGAGCUACCGCAAGGACCCCAGGCUGCAGGAGGAGAUCAUGGAGACCCUGACUGCGACAGUGCCUCACACGAGCGCCUCAGACCUCAGCUUCUUCCUGGUGAUGCCGGUGCAGAGAGUCACCAAGUACCCGCUGCUGCUGGGCAAGAUCCUGGAGAACACCCCUGCCAGCACCAGCACCCACGCGGCCCUCGCUGCAGCUGUGCGUGCCAUGACCCAGGUCAACGCCAACAUCAACGAGUACAAGCGGCGCCGGGAAGUGGCCACCAAGUACAACAAGGCCGAGCAGCUGACGCUGCGGGACCGCUUCGCUCGCCUCAACACCCACUCCAUCGCCAAGAAGACCACGCGGCUGAGCCGGCUCCUCAUGCACGAGGCCGGCAUCGUGGCCAAGACAGAGGACAAGGAGUACGAUGACCUGGAAGAGAAAUUCCAGAGCGUGGCAUCCAGUGUGGCUGCACUGAAGGAGAAUGUGGCAUCCUACCUGCAGCACUUAGAGGCAUUCCUGCUGCCCACCCCACACAAGUGUGAGCUGCAGAUGGAGCAGGGGCCUGCCCAGCAGUACCGCCGCUUCGCAGAGCACCUCCACCGCGCUGUCUUCCCGGAGUUUAGGCGCCGGCUGGACAGGCUGGUCUGGCAGCCCCUCUGCAGCCUGGCAGAGAUGCUGGUGGGGCCACAGCAGCUGGUCAAGAAGCGCCUGGACAAGCUGCUGGACUACGAGGAGAUCCAGGAGCGGAAGAGCGAGAUGGGCAGUGUGACAUAUGAUGAGGAAGCAGCCAUGAACACCUACCUGGCCAUCAACGCCCUGCUCGUGGCGGAGCUCCCGCGCUUCAACCAGGUGGCCGUGCAGCUCCUGGGGCAGCUCCUGGGCUCCUUCAGCGUCCUGCAGCAGGACUUGGCCGCAGAGAUUCUGCACGAGGCCAAAAAGGAACUAGAGCAGAUGCCCCAUGGACACAUGCUGCUGCCCGCUUUCUGGAGGAUGGUGGAGGACACCCUGCAGCAGGCAGGCGUCCAGCUCCGUACCUUCAUCCAAGCGUUUGAGACCGUCACGCCAAGCCCUGUGCCGCAGCCCCUGAACCCUGCUGAGGAGCGGAAGGUCCAUUCCCUUGUGAGCAAACAUGGCCCAGACAAACUUUACCAAGUGACAAGCAACAUCAGUGGCAGCAAAGACAUGGACCUCACGUUGCAAAGGGGGCAGAUUGUGGCUCUGCUGCAAAGUGUGGAUACUAAAGGCAACAGGAGCAGAUGGCUGGUGGACGCUGGAGGUCCCCGAGGGUUUGUGCCUGCUGCCAAACUCCAGCCGUAUUGCCUGGGACCAAGCCAGCAGCCCAGGACACAGAUGCCAGCCCUGGAGAGUGGCACAGAGAGAAGGCGACAUUCCUAUGUGUCACCUGAAGCUCCUAAGCCCCAGGUGGCCACGUUCACUCCAGCUUUCCAGGUGGUUGCUGGCUUCUCCUUUGCAGCGCGCAGCCCGCAGGAGCUCAGCCUGCAGGCAGGGCAGCCCGUGGUGGUGCUGGAGCCGCACGACAAGAAGGGCAGCACGGAGUGGAGCCUGGUGGAGGUGAACGGGCAGCGGGGCUAUGUGCCCUCCAGCUACCUGCUGACAGUCCCUGUGCAGGAGCCCGCGGGCUGGAGUCUGCCCGUGUGA